AUGUCGGCUGUUGGCGCCGGACCCAUCCUUGCUGCGGCUAUUGCCCCAAUCGCUGGCAAGAGCACCAACUUGGCCCAUGCUGUCAAUGCUAGUGCCGACGUUACCGACCUCCCUCCCGGCUUCCCGGCCGAGCUCAAGUCAGAAUUGGCCUGGACUGGUGCCGACUUUGACAACACGACCGAGCAUAUCUUCGUCUUGACCGAUGCCCACAAGGCAGAGAUCAAGGCUGCCGUUGAGGCUUAUAAAUUGCUCGACCAGGAUGGCGACCUUGUCGGCCCGUCCAACUUCCCACUUCCAACCUUGGGCCCUCAGCUCAAGCAGAUCAGUCGCGACGUGCACGAUGGACGAGGAUUCGCCGUGAUUCGCGGCCUCAACCCAGCCGAAUACUCGGUCGCCGACCUCACCCUUGCUUACCUCGGUGUGCAAUCCUAUGUUGCCGAGCAGCGUGGCCGCCAAGACAAGUGCGGUAACAUGCUUGUCCACAUUGUUGCGGACAACAGCACGAAGCAGGCUGCCGACCAUCACCGCCACUCUACGAAGUCGAUUACAUUUCACAAUGAAGAAGCUGGCGACGUUAUUAGCUGGCUGACCCGUAGUACCGCUGCUGCUGGUGGCAAGUGCAUUAUUGCAUCCGCCUACACAAUAUACAACGUUCUGGCCGCCACUCGGCCCGAGCUCAUCCGCACUUUGGCCCGGUCCGACUGGCCGUUUGCCAUGCCGCGUUUCCAUUGUCGCCCAAUCAUUUUCUACGAGGGCGAGAAGCUCAUUAUGAAUUUCGGCCGGGCUCCUCUUCUGGGGAAUGAGGCUCAUCCCCGCCCAAAGCAUCUGCCCUCGGUAACUCGGCGGCAGUUGGAAGCUCUGGAUGCCAUUGAGGCCAUCGCGCGGGCCACGCAGCUAGAGAUUCAAACUCAAGCAGGCGAUAUCCACUUCAUAAACAAUUUGUCCGUUCUUCACCGCCGAGAUGGCUUUGUGAACGGACAGCUGCCAACAGAGAAGCGCCAUUUGGUUCGCAUGCGCCUGCGCAGUGCCGAGCAUGGCUGGCCUAUCCCCGCAGAGCUUCAAGACGAGUGGCACGAGGCCUUUAGGGCCGACGGCAUCCGGCUUUGGCACGUGGAGCCGAUGCCCGCCUACUACUUCCCCCUUCGCGACCAGCCGAACUAA